AUGUAUCCGCCGCCGCCGUCGUCGUCGACGACCUCCUCCUCCUCCAACGCGGCGCAGCAGCAGAAGCCGGGCGGGCUCCAGGGCGGGCUGACCCGGUACUGCUCCGCCCCGGGCUCGUUCCUCACCAAGGCCGUCGACUCCGUCAUCGGCUCCGCCGAGGAGGGCCGUCAGUUCUACGCCGCAAACACCGGCAACCACAACAAGUACUUCUCCGGCGGCGGCGAGUCGUUCUCGUCGUCGCAGCUCACCUCCGAGUCGGGAUGCCGGGUCAACUCGUCGUCCGUCGAGCACAAAUCAGGCGGUGGUGGUGAGCAGCUCAAGAGAUCCGACGCGUUGAACGCCAUAGCUCGCGGGGCGUCGCCGUCUUCGUCGUCGUUGCUCCGGCAGAGGAGCUCUCCCGCCGGGUUUCUAUCCAAUCUCGUUUCGGAAAGCGGGUUUUCGAUAACAAGAGGUGGUUCCGGUGGCUACGAUUCACACAAUAAUAACGCCGGCGCAGCAAACGGCGGCGGCGGAGGGUACCAGCCGGUUCAGAGGUUGAAAUCGCAGCUGAGCUUCACCGGCCCAGAAUCGGCACUUUCUCAUAUAUCAGAAGCCAGCGAGAGCGACGUCGACGUGGACGUAGAGACCGGCCGCGGCCGCCACCACAGUUCCUAUAACAAUCCGGCGUCGUCUGGGUUCGUCAUGGAUUGGGACAACAGCCCCAACUCCAUCACGUUCUCGUCAGGACAACCAAGCAAGAAGUUCCGAGCCGUGGAUGGAGAUAUUUACACUUGCUACAACGGCUUGGACACUCAGUUUAGCAUGCCGCAGACGACGCUAGAGAUGGCGACGGUGGACAAGCUGAUGCAUAUACCGGAAGACUCUGUCCCGUGCAGAGUCCGAGCUAAGCGUGGGUUCGCCACCCACCCUCGAAGCAUUGCUGAAAGGGAAAGGCGGACCAGAAUAAGUGGGAGGUUGAAGAAGCUUCAAGAUCUCGUUCCUAACAUGGAUAAGCAAACGAGCUAUUCGGACAUGUUGGACUUGGCGGUUCAGCACAUCAAAGGCCUCCAAAAUGAACUUGAGAAACUUCACGAGGAUAUGGAGAAUUGCACCUGUGGAUGCCGACCAAGCAAAUGA